AAUCAGUUUAGUGAGCCAUCUCAGCUCGAAUCGCCCACCUGUUCUCCGAGAAGAAAGAACCUGUAGCCAUGAAACUGAUCAUCGCCUUCGCCGCCGUCGUCGCCGUCGCCCUCGCGGCUCCUCCUAAUGACUACAACCAGGCGGUCAUCGUGAAAGAGACCCCACUGGACAACAUCGGUCUCGACGGAUACCAGUAUGGUUACGAGCUCUCCAAUGGCCAGGCCCAUCAAGAAUCCGCCCAGUUGGUGAACGCCGGUCAUGAAAACGAAGCUCUUGUAGUCCGCGGUAGCUUCACCUACGUCGACCCGGAGACCAACGUCAGGUACACCGUCAACUACGUCGCCGACGAGAACGGAUUCCACCCCGAGGGAGCGCAUCUGCCAGCCGUCUAGAUUCUACCUGCCAACCUCACAUCUGUGUUUUACAACGUUUCGCUUCGAAUCUCGCACUCGAAGAGAACUUUAACCCUCUCGAUCUCUCAAUCACAGCGAUCACACACAUAACACGUACA